UGUUUGAUUUGGCAGUGGCAGAGAAAACAAAUGUGGAUGCAAAUGCCUAACUUCAUUGACAAACAGGAUGCACUCCUGAGAGCAAAAUAAAUAAAUGCCUAAAGGUGCAAGUAAGUACUCCUCCCGACUGCUGUUAUGGACUGGAGUCGACAGAGACAAGCAAGAGGCUCACACAUUCCAUCUGCCUCCAUUUGGAAUCCCCCUCUGCUCUGCUCUGCACUCAUUGACUGGCUGCCCGUACCGGCGACAGCCUUCCCAUGCCAUCCUUUUCCUUCCAACUCAUGUAAGCACCCAACGCUUUCUUUUGUGCCAGGCCCCAUCCCCUCCUCCUUCCUUCCCGUUCGCCAAUCAUGUAUGCCGCCCGGUGAUGCCAUCGGCAGUUCGGCCGCCGUUACAUACGCCGUUACACUGGGCAACCAGUCAAAUCGUCGAUCAUACAUAGAUGCGACAGGGCUCGAUCGAUCGCUAUAUACUCACUAGCUUAGUGACACUGCUACUAUGAGGCAAGAACGGCAGGAGAAGCAGCGUACAGCCAUGGUUGCUGGCGCGUCGCCCUCGGCCUCCGGGAAUGCGCCGCCGCCGCAGCAGCGACACCACGCCGCCGUCUACUUCGGCCUUUCCUGCGCGCUCGCCGCGCUGCGUCACGGCCACGCGGCUACCCGGUCCACCGGCUGUGAUCUUGGGGUGGCAAGCCGGCAAUGCCGCUGGUCGCGCGCGCGGGAGCUGGCGCUGCAGGGGAAGGUUCGCGAGCUGGAGGCCCAGGCCGACGAGCUCCGGCGGAGGAGGGCGGAGGACGCCAGGGCGAACGAGAAGGUGGCGGGCAUCUUCGCGGCGCACGAGCAGCGGUGGUUCGCCGAGCGCAAGUCGCUGCGGCGGCAGGCCCACGCCGUCGCCGCCGCGGCCCGCGCCCGCGAGGCCAGGCACGAGGAGGCCGCUGCGGCGCUAAGGCGGCAGCUGGAGGACCAGCAGCGCGCCGCGGUGCUCAGGGACGAGGAGGCUAAGAGGCGCGAGGAGGAGGCCCAGGAGAAGCUGAGGGCGGCGGAGCAGGCAGGGGAGGAGCUGCGGGAGCGCGCCACCAAGGACGCCGCCGAUCUGCGGAAUCACCAGGCGGAGCUCGAGGCUGAGCUUAAGGAGGCGAUGUCGCGCCGUGACGAGGCCGUGGCGACGGCGGCGGAGGUCUCCAUGGAGGCGGCGCGGGUGCGGCGGGAGGCGGAGCACAAGGACAAGAUCCUGUCGGCGGUGCUGCGCAAGUCCAGGAUGGACAUGGAGGACAGGGAGAUGCUGGUGCGGGAGGUGAAGGCCGGCAAGGUCAGGCGGAAGCAGGCGGAGAUGGAGGCGGAGCGCUGGCGCAAGAUUGCGGAGUCCUCCUCCUCCUCCCGCCACCGGAGGGGAUCGGCCAGGCCGGGGUGCUCCGACAGGCUUGUUGCCGCCCCCGACGCCAUUGCUGCGCACGACACCAAGAUACUGUUCGUGGACCAUGUGGGGACGGAUGGCAAGAAAGACCGGCAGGCCAAAGAGCUGCUGGCCACCGUCGAGUGCGUCGAUCGCUAUCCCAGCCAUGUUGACGACAAGCCCGUUGUGGAGGAGUACCAGGACCUGCAGGAGUGGUUCCACAUGGAGACCGAGAGGUACACGACCAUGAUCAGGCACCGGCACAGCUCCGAGCUGGAGGCCUUCACGGAGCAGCUCAGGCUCAAGGACGAGAAGCUGGAGGCGUUCCGGUGGCGGGCCGCGAGCAAGGACGUCGAGGUGGCACGGCUCCGGUGCCGGAUCCAGGAGCUUGAAGGGAGGCUGUCGAAGCACGAGCAGCACGGCGCCGGGAUAGAAGCCCUGCUUCUGGACAGGGAGAGCGAGAACACGUCACUCAAGGAGAAGCUCGUGGCGUUCCAGUUUCCGCGGGCUCUCGACUCGGAGACCUCUCCUCCUGCUGAAGACGGCGAUGACGCUAGCGAGCAUUGCAUCCCGUGUUCACCGGUGAAGAUCCAGAGAAGGGAUCCAUCAAGAGAAUCCACCGGAUUGUCAUUCCCGGCACAGAAUUUUGAGGACACUGAGAUCAGGAGUACCUAUGCUCGUCAUGAUCAUGCAGAGAUCGUGGAGCUGAAUGAGUCAGUUCUACCGGAUGAUCACAAGGCAUUUGACAUGGAGGCAAUGGAGGUUUACCAUAUCUCAGUUGGGAGCAAUGACAUGCCCGCCUCGGCGAGGGGGUCGAUCGAUGAAGACCGUCCUGUCAUCCCGACGGAUCAGCCACACACGUCUGAAAUCGAGGAAGCCUACACCGAGCCCGGCAACGUGCGCGUUAGAACCAGCACCAGUGGCUACUCGGAAACGACCUCUGACGUUGCUGACCAGAAGCCCUCUGCUUGGAGGGUGGACAUCCACGCUCUCGCCGUGUCCUACAAAAUCAAGAGGCUGAAGCAGCAGCAGAUCGUGCUGGAGAAGCUGGCUGCUGCUGCUGAAGGAGGCAAGGAAGCAACAAUGAGCAACGAGGCCAGUGGUAGCAGCAGCAGGCAGCAGCCCAGGAGCUACCAGCUGAUGAUCUCCUUCGUGAGCAAGCACGUCAAGCGAUACCAGUCACUCGAGGACAAGAUCGACGACCUCUGCAAGAGAAUGGAGGAGAGCAAAAGGAACGAGGGGCGGGGGAGGGAGGGCGACAGGGAGCAGAGUGCCGCGCUAGGGCGGUUCCUGGAGGAAACGUUCCAGCUGCAGCGCUACAUGGUGGCCACGGGGCAGAAGCUGCUGGAGAUGCAGUCCAGGGUCGCCACGAACCUCGCGCGCUCCUGUGAAGGUGGAGGCAACAAUGGCGACGGCGUGGACACGGCAAGGUUCAUGGACGUCGUUGGGGCACUGCUGAGAGACGUGCAGAGGGGGCUCGAGGUGCGGAUCGCGCGAAUCAUCGGGGACCUUGAGGGCACGCUCACCUUCCAUGGCAUCCUGCAAGCCACCUGAAAAUUCUAAUGCACUGGCAACAUAUAAACGAAAUCGGAUGCGGCAAAUAUGGUACUCCGUAGCAUGUUCUUGUUGGAGCUAGCGUAGAGUUGUGUACAGAAAACAUUAUGCUGAUGGUCGAUGAAACUGUGCGAUGGUGCUUUGCAGUCGGAGUAUUGUUUUUUUAGAGGCGUAACAGUUAUUGUUCACCGAGCUUUAUGUUGUUCAUGUUUGAAGAUGAGCCAUCUCAAGGUCUAUGGGAACA